AUGGAGGUUAUAGCCAAGACUUUUACCCCGCUAUGGAGAGCUAGAAAUGGCUUCAAGAUUCAGAAUUUUGGAGACCAAAAAAUUCUUUUCACCUUUGACAAUAGGGAGGAUGUGGAUUGGAUCUUGGGAGGCGAACCAUGGAGUUUUGACAAACACUUGGUGGUAAUGAGUCGAUAUGAGAAUGAGUCUCCGUUGCAAGAUAUAAAAUUUGAUAGGACAACGCUAUGGGUUCAGGUUCAUGGAAUUCCGAUUAAAUACAUGAUAAUUGAGGCGGCGAAGAAAAUUUGUAGUGUCGUGGGGGAGGUCUUCACGCCAACUGAUCCAAAACUCUAUGAUGGUGAUCACUUCAUAUGUGUUCAGGUAUCCAUUGAUUUGUCCUUGCCUCUGCGCCGUGGAAGAUUAAUCUCUGUAGGGGAAGGAAAGCACGUGUGGAUCUCUUUUAAGUAUGAGCGGUUGCCAAAUCUGUGUUACUGGUGUGGUCAGCUUACUCACAAUGACAAAGAUUGUGAGCUUUGGAAGAGUGUGAUCAAGGUCCCUGGGUUCUAUGUUGCAAAGAAGAAGAUAAGCUCAAACACCUCGGUAGACCGCAAUCCAUGCCGAAAAUCUAAUUUUGGGAAAGGAAAAGCACCAGAGCAGUCACAAAAUGUAACGGCUAGCAGUGAUGCCGAAAAUAUUUCCCCAUUAAUGCGUAAUGAUUUUGGUGGAGUAAUUAGGGAGGAAACGGUAUUCCUAAAUCAAUCAAAUGCGAUCAUUAUUGAGGAAAUAAAGUCUCCUACUAAAACCAAAAUUGAAUUGAAAGUCAAUAAUGAAGAGAUAAGUUUGGCUAAGGAGUUUGGUGUGGCUAAGUUUGUUGGAAAUAGGAAGAAGGAUUCGAGUUUAAAAGCCAAAGUUAAUGAGGAAAUAACAGUGGAAUUAAACAAAAUUAAUGAGACUGUAUUUGAUUUGGAAAUAACGGUGGAAUUAAACAAAAUUAAUGAGACCGUAUCUGAUUUGGAAGCAAAUAAUGAGGAAGUUUGUUUGGCUAAGGAGUUUAGGGCGGCUACACUUCUGGGGGUGGCCAAGAGAGCAACAAAAAACCCUACCUCGUGA